GAUCGCAGUGACCCGUGGUCUCGGCACGGUGUAGCCCCGAUUUCCAGCGCCUUUCGCCCCGCGCGAAAUCGCAUAAUGUUCCUCAUAAUGCAAAACACCGAUGCGAGCAAAGACAGCCCGCGAAACGGCGUUCCUCAGGAAAAGGGCUGUUUUAGGCGGAGAAAGGCUUUGCCUGCACGUAGUGUAAAAUAAGUUUUGAAGCGGGGCUAAGGAAGGAGGGACGCCCACGGUUGUGAGAGGCGGGGGAAGGGGACAAGUGCGGACGAAGGCCUGGGGUCAAGGCGUGUCGAACCCCAUCGCUAGGCAAGGGCUGAAGGUAGUAAGCGUGUGGCCUCGGUGGGCUAUUUGUUAAGUUCCGUUUGGUGUAGAAUCGUGUCAGUAGGCAGUGAGAGGCUCGUUAGUGCACGGCACGCUAGUUUUGUGUUUCGGAAAAUGGGCCGACAAGGGCCCUCGACAGUGCAGGGUGUGCAGCGGUCGUUAAAGCUAGACGCCGCCAAACCUCUCAGUAAGGCGGAUCAGAAGUUCAUGGAGGCAGAGGACAAGAAGAUCAGCGCAGCUAUGCAGGCUUGCGACGAGCAGAUCGCUAAGCUCGCCAAGCCCCGGGGCACGAGGUCGGGGCAGACGGGCCCGGCAGAGGCCAAGUACGCAGCCGAUAAGCUGGCUCUGGAGCAGCAGCGUGACCAGGCGAUUGUGGUGAUUCGGCAGGGCGCCACAUUCAAGCAACUGCAGGCGCGCGUUGCUCGGCGCAAACUGCUGUUGGCGCGACUGGCGGAGCUGCAGGCGCAAGCGCAGCAGGAACUGCCAGAACUUGCAGAGGGAGCGAGCGAGGACGAGGCCGCGGACGAUGACGGUGAUGACGAUGACGGUGAGGAGGUGGAGAAUGUGGAUGCACCGCUAGGGCCAGGGGUGAUCGCGGGUGGGACGGUUCAGAACAAGCAGCUGCAGAAGCAGAAGCAGACUGGUCAGCGGCAGCAACAGCUGGGGGGCAGGGCAGUGCUGGCGAGCGGACAGAAGGGCGCGGCACGGGCGACGAACAAGCUCACGCGUUCUCCCUUCCUUUCUCCCGAUGACUCGGACUCCGAGCUGCUGGGGGAGAUGUGGGAGGAGGAUGCUGAGACGGAGGCCCUGCGGCGGGCAGCGGGCCGGCGGUCCAACAAGGACCGCCUACAGCAGCUGCUGGCGGCCGGCGCUCCCACGCAGCCGCCGCCGCAGCUUGCUGCGCUGCCGCAGGUGGACUCCGUGGCCGCGCUUAUGAGUGGCUUGGCGCAGGAGAAGGCAACCGCACAGCUGCUGCAGGACAUCCCUUUUCUGCAGCAGAUUGCGACGGCCACAGGGGCGCGCGCGCCCACAAAGAAGCCCAGCGUGUUUGAUGACCACCUGCAGGACCAGAUCGAUGAUCUCAGGCAGCAGCAACAACUGGGCCUGCAGCUGGUGGCCCAGGCACAGGACGCAUCAUCCCGCGGUCUGCUGCAGGAGCACGUGGCGGUGGUGUCAGUCAAGCUCACGCAGCUGCAGGACUUCCAGCAGCUGGUGCCGUGGAUGCGGAAGGCGGCGAAGGGCCACGACGUGUUCAUGAGCACCAUGCAAAAGGGCUCAGCGGCGGAGAAGGCGUUCCUGAAGGCGGCAGCAAAGCAGCUGCAGCACCAGGCGCAGGCCGAGCGUGCGCGGGACCGGAAGGGCAGCGGCAGCGGCAGCGGGGCGUGGGCAGCGCCAAGCGACGACAGCGAGGAGGAGGCGCUGCCGCCUCCUCCCAAGCGGCAGCGGAUGGAGCCGCCGCCAGCGUUCAAGCAGCAGCCGCUCAUCGAGACACGCUCUUGCGCGUGUUGCGAUAAGAUGGGCCACAUCUGGCGCAACUGCCCGGACCUGCUGCGGAUGCCGGAGGCGGAGCGGUCGGCGAAGAUCAAGCAGCUCAAUGAGCUGUACUCCGGCGGCGGGGCCCGGCCCCGGGGCCGCACGUAGGAAGCUGCGGAGCUUGUCGCCGGACGCCGCCGGGCUCGGCCGGCGGCGCGGCCCACACCAGACACGGUGGCGGCGACAAGCUCACAGGGCCAAGCAGCGACUGACAGAGGUGAGCGACCGGACGGCAGUGGGUACUAGGGUCGUGUGGCACCGAAUCUGCUUGGCGGGGCGCGGGCGGGGCGCGCGGGCACGGUGGGGUGUAUAGGAGCGUCGGCGUUUCCUUCGUUGCUGGG